ACGAACCCGACCGCCAACCGGCGCCGGUGAUGUGGUCGUCGGUGGCGCGGCGCCGCACCGACCUGGUCCCGACCGCGCCCGCGCCGCGCGUGCCAGGUAGAGCCUACUCCAUGACGCGCCUCGACCGCCUGCCGCGAGCGGAGCCCACGCUGCACCUCAGCAGGACCCAGUGCCGCUCCGGCGAGACGACGCCGGGUUCCCGGCCGGGCAGCGCUCUGUCGGCGGCCGGCGUGGUCCGGCGGGCCAGCAGCGCGCCGCGAAAGCCACGCCCCGCGUCCAUCGCCGGUACCGGGGUUAACACGCCGCGAGGUCCCGCAGGCGACACCUGCGGCGCGAGCGCGGCGACGACGCCGAGCGUGUCGCGCGACGGCAGCGUGCUGAGCGCGCCGCGCCGGCCCGCCACCACGCCGCGCCGUCCGCGGCCCGCCUCGCUGCACGCGCCCAGCCACGCAG